AUGGCUCCUCAACCGAAAAGGCCAGAAAUGCAGCUGCAGAUUCCCCAAGUCCCAAAUUUUCCACUAUCAUCCCCGAUCACUGAGGAGAUCUCCAGCCCGGCUGCGUCCUCAGAUGAAGACAGAGAGAUGGAACGGAGUCGUCCCUUCGACUACCUGACCAAAGUGUCGGACAAGAACCCGUUCCUUAAAGCAGAAUCCACAGGCACGGGGCGAGAUCGUUUGGUUGAACGCGAGAUCGGUGUGUUUGAUACUGUGCGGAGACCGGCGCAGGGGGGUAAACCCAAGGGGUUGAACUUGAUCACGGAUCUCCCGAUUGGAGUUCCCAAGAUACAACCUGGGGCCGCCGGUGCUGCCUUUGUGGAUCUGAAUGAUCUGAAGGUGUUGUCAAAAGUUCGUGAGAGGGAGUGGGCCUCGCAGAAGAUCAGAGGCAUCUUGAAGAACGGGACGGCUCAAGGCUUCCAGCGACUACCUGACGAGACUUCUGAGCCGGGGAGGAGGCGAUUGUCCUGGCUCACGUCGGAGAGUACAACGUCGCCGAAGAAGAAGAAGAAGAAGUAUAAGGACGAGCUGUCGCCUUCUGAUCGGCCCAUCAUGAUCGGGUAUACGGUACCGUUCGAGGAGUCGUCGCAGUCUCAGGAUGACGGAAGAAAGGGACUGGACAGUGCUGGAAGCCAGCGUACGCCUAUGACGCCUUCGAUUGUUGUAACGCCUGCAAAAGACGAGGGUUUCUGGCAAGGACUUGCCCCAGAGUUUCAUCGUGCCAGAGCCACCUCCAGUAUCUAUUCUCAGCGCACGUCAUUCACUGGAAGUGGCAGGCCUGUGAUUCCACCAGUUCCGGCCAUACCGGCGUCCCAUUUCGAGGAGAAGGGGAAUCAGCCCGACGUGUCUCGACGGGAGUCUGUCCUAUCAACAAGGAAGCAACGCUCAUUCUCAACUGGUACGGUGUUUGAGGAAGAAGAUGGUCCACGACAGGGACUGCGUGCUCGUUCUUUCUCCACGGAGAGCUCGAAGAGAGGGCUGGAUCGACUGAGUGUGAUGACGGAGACCAAUCGACACCAAUCCCAGGGCUGGUGGACUUACCUCCUGUCGCCUAUGCUGGGACGGUCGAGCACGAUAGCCAGUAGAUCAACACCGACCAGAACGGAGCGGCCCCCCAUGCCGACGCUCCUCAUGAACUCGACGGUGUCAAGCGAUGAGUGGUGGGAGAAGGAAGUCUCGUACUUUUCGCCAGAUACCCCCGAGACCACCGUUGCUGCUAGAGGCGAAGUGACCAAUUGGCAAGAGGGUGAUGCUAACCCCUUCGCGGAUGUCUAUACCACCGAUGAGAAGAACACAGCCGAGAUGAUGUUCCAGGGGGAGUCGAUCCAGGGCGCAGCUGCUGAAUACUACCAGGCCUGUGCCCACGAGCUAUUCAGCGGAAGGCCGUAUUUCGAAUGCAUCAACCAUGUUUGUUCCAUCACGCCAAAGGAUAGGAUCCCGGUUCUGCUUGCCGGCUCUAUUGCCGAAUCAGAGAAUAACGAGAAGAAUCUCCUUAUCGACGUGGAAGGCGAUGUGUCUCAAUUAGCUCCUGUGAAUCCUUUUGAGAGCGCCUCGCAAUCUGGCGCUCGUACGAUAUCCGGGACCACCGCUGUGGAUGACCAACCUGCGUCUCCUUUGAUUUCAAACACGGGAAAGAAGUAUCUGGAGGAGGACACACCAAAAGAAUCAAGAGGCCAUUCUCCUGAGCCAGAACCCAUCGAGAGAGAGCCUCCUGUCUGUGCAGGUGAUCGACCGGAGAAACAAGCCUCUCACCUCAUUUUCCAACCAACGAACACUAUCGGUCCUGCGGCCACAAACAUUAACAUCCAACCAUCUGAACCUCGACCACCGGCCUCUGGAGCUCCGCAGGAGAGGAUCAUCCCUCAAUAUAUUGUUGUACCACCUCAGAAUCAUGGCGGAGGCGGGCAUCCCCAACCACAAACACCCGAUGCCACGUCUCCUGGUCUACAGCAAGCAACAGCGAGGAGUGGUUCAAUUCCAUUGACCGAGAUAGCUUCUGGACCAGCUCCAGUCUAUACCGCCCAUCGCAGCGCGUCUCCUACACUGCCGCCUCGUAUAGACCCUGCCCCCAUCACUCAGGAGCAGAUGACGCACCCUUGGUUCGAAAGGGAGAGGAUUGAAACGCGACGACGAAGACUGGAAAAGGAGGAUGCUAUUGGCAGGAAAGCCGGUGGACUCUGGCGAGGCAGAGGUUGUUUCAGUAACAAAGGCUGCUUCGGCAGGCCGGGAAGAGAAGGCCGCCUGAAACGUCGGUGGUAUAUGGCGAUCACGACCUUUUUUGUCCUGAUUGUGGUAGUUGCUGUUAUCCUGGCGGUCAUGCUGACCAGGAAAGGGGAUGGCACACCUGUUCAGUCGCAGUGGCUCAAUUUGACCGGCUAUCCACCGAUGCCGACUGGCAUUGCGACAAUCGCAGGCUCAGAGCCACAGACCCAAAAUUCAGGAUGCAUCACUCCAUCUACACUCUGGAGCUGCGCUCUGCCGCCGGAACAGCAGUCAGGCAACAAGCCGUACGCGCCGAAUCAGCCCAGCUUCCGAGUCGAAAUACGAUUCCGUAACGGGACCUAUGCGAACAGCACAACGGUUGCCUCCACUUCAAGCCACAAGACCAGAGAUAUGAAUGGAUCAUUCAACCCAUCGCCAUCUCCCCCGAGUAUCAAAGACCAGACCUUCCUGGGCAAUACGACUGAACAGAACGCCAUCCCCUACGCAGGUGAAGAGACCCCCUUCUUCAUCACCAUCCUCUCGACCGCCUCCCUCCGUUCAUCCCGACUAUCCCGCCGAUCCAACAGCUCCUUCCCAGACAUCGAGUCCCUCAUCCCAUCUCCCGAUCUCAACUCCGAUGGCACAGCCGCAGCCACUACCCUCUAUCCACUCCCUGAAUCCCAACCCGUACGCCUUUAUAACCGGGGCCAGGACACAGAACACUACGGCUUCUACACGUACUUCGACCGGUCCAUCUUCCUCGAGACCCUUGCCCCCCUCAACGGCAGCACAACAGACAACUCCGCCGCAGACGCCAACGGCGGUGCCAGCGAGACUGACGCCCGCGUCCGCUGCACAUGGGCACAGACUCGCUUCCUCGUGCAGAUCUGGACGCAGCCGAGUCGCGCGCGCAAGACGCUCCUCCGCAGUAGUCCUAGCGCUAGCGCUAGUCCUAGUACCACACCCACCCUGUCUUUCCUGUCAUCUACCUCCCCCGCCUCAGGGACCAGCAGCCCAACUGCGUCCUCCUCCGCCACGGACUUCGUCCGGCCGGGGUCAUUCCCGUACCCGGUGACCAUCACAGUGGACCGACACGGCGGUGUCGCGAAGGAGAAAAUGGUGUACUGCUACGCAAUGGAGGAGAACCAACGUGUCAACUCGACGGAGAAGAAACUGCAGAUUGAGGACAGGGGGUUCGGUGGGAAACUGGUCAACCCUGCGCCGGGUAUAUUCAACCUCACCUCCUCGUCGGACGAGGUCGCAAUGCAGGAUGGAGUUGAUGGUGGGACGGGGGGUUGUUCGUGCCAGUGGGUGAAUUGGGUUUCUACGUCGUGA